UACACCAAAACAAGAACGCAAACAACAGUUGGCAGCCUACAAAGACAGCAGCGCAAUGAAGUUUUAGCACCCUGAAAGGUUGCCGUUUAUGCAAAGCCUGGCAACAAGUGUGGGCGUAGUGACCUCUGGUGUGGGCGUGGUAACCUCGGGAGUACGGACUGGAAUAGCUGGACUGAUGAGUUUAGCAGCACAGGGGGCGUCAGACCCCUCCGCCAGUGGGGGGGUCUUCUCUGUCAACUUUAACCAGGACUACUCAUCCCUGGGAGUUGGAACAAAGAUAGGCUACAAGUUAUUUUCUCUUAAUACUGUUGAUAAAGUUGAACAAAUAUGUGAUAAUGUAAAUGAAGAUACUUGCAUCGUAGAGCGACUCUUUUCAAGCAGUCUGGUGGCAGUAGUCAGUUUAUCUUCGCCACGAAAACUAAAAGUGUGCCAUUUCAAGAAAAAUUCUGAAAUAUGUAACUACAGUUAUCCCAACACCAUCUUGGCAGUCAAGCUGAACCGCGCGAGACUGGUGGUAUGCUUAGAAGAGUCCUUAUACAUCCACAACAUACGAGAUAUGAAGGUUCUACACACAAUCCGAGACACGCCCCCUAAUCCCACGGGUCUGUGUGCUCUAUCCAUUAGUAAUGACAAUUGUUACCUGGCUUACCCAGGGUCCAAUACAAUAGGUCAAGUGCAGAUCUUCGAUGCUCAAAAUUUGCAAGCAAAAACAAUGAUUCCAGCACACGACAGUCCUCUAGCAAUCAUUGCCUUCAAUGCUUCUGGUACUAAGAUUGCCACAGCGUCUGAAAAGGGCACAGUGAUAAGAGUGUUCAGUGUUGCGGACGGGGCCAGGCUACAUGAAUUAAGGCGCGGAAUGAAACGAUGUGCCACCAUUUUCUCCUUAGCAUUUUCUCCAGACUCUCUCUUCCUUAUUGCAUCAUCCAACACAGAGACAGUUCAUGUUUUUAAGUUAGAAGAAAUUAAGGACACGCAACGUGUGGUGGUGGAGGAACAGCAGGGAUUGAUGGGGUGGAUGAGUAAAGCAGUGACUGCAUCUGCCAGCUACUUGCCUGCUCCUGUGACUGACAUGCUGAGUCAGGGUCGAGCCUUUGCUACAAUAACUCUCCCAUUCCAGGGUGUUCGAAACGUCUGUGCCAUUGCUACGAUUCAGAAGCAGCCUCGGGUUGUGGUGGCAUCAACAGAUGGAUACUUAUACAUUUAUAAUCUCAAUACUAAUGAGGGUGGAGACUGCACACUCCUCAAACAACACAGGUAG